AUGAAGCUUUCUACCCCUUUCGUUGUUGCCGCUGCCGCUGGCGUUGCUGCCGCUGAGACAUCUCCAACCAUGAUCACCGUCACCAACUUCAUCACCAAUAACGACAGAACCUACACCAGAACCGCUACCCAGACAUACACUGGCCAGCCAACCACCACUCCUACUGCUGGAACUCACACGGAAACUAUCUACCGUGGCCUGGUACCUUUCAGAACCAUGACUGAUACUUAUGGCCAGGCUACCACUGUCAAGACUGAUAAGAUCGUUACUGGGCCUGAGAGAACCUACACCAGACCAUGGUCUCGUACAAUGCACACUACUGAAGUGGAAGCUUACUUGUCUUCGAAGUCUCGUUUCAAUGCUGCUGCCCAGUCUGCUAUUGACGAAGAUAAUGGUGGUGCUACAGCCACUACUACUUCGGAUGCUGAGACCACCCAAGAUACUACGUCUGCUACUGGAGGUGCUGUCAAGUUUGGCGUUGGAAGUGCCGCCGUGGGUAUUGCUGCCGCUUUGCUUUUGUAA